AAGCUCAGGCAGUGAGAGCAGCUGGCUGCAUGAGCGAGAAAGGGUGUGUGUGCGUGUGAGAAGGAGAGAGAGAGAGAGAGAGAGAGAGAGAGAGAGAGAGAGACAGCAAUGUGAACACAAGAAGAUAAACAAGUAAGAAAAAGGAAGCACUGUCCACAUCUCCAGGAGAGUGGCCUGUAGUGGAAAGCAACACCCUGUCAAUGGCCCAGCCCCAGCCAUCCACCACUAUGUCUUGGAAGGAGGAGAUGCAGAAGAUUGCAGAGCAGGUCCUGACUAAACUGCAAGGCCUUCCUGAGGCAGACCCCCUGCAGAUCGGAGCCUUCACCAUCCUGCUCAUCUUCAUCGCGACUGUUCUGAUCAUGUUCAUCCUGGCCUGCAUUCACUGCUGUUGCUGCUCUACCCCCCAGCACAGAGUCUCCAGGGUCAAGCCCUUUCACCAACCCUGAGAUGGGCCCCACCAGCCCAGCACAGUACCACCUGCUGGGCAUCUGCUACACUGCAUCCCUGCACCAGCCCCACAUUCAACACAGUACCAACAAAACAGUGCGGCCUGCUGGGAAACCAGUGCACUACUCCAUGGACAUCACAGAUUGAUGACUAGAGCGCAGGCUGGAAACAAGCUACAUAACACACUGAAACUAGCACUGGACCACAGGAAGAGCAAGCUGCCAGGACUAGAAAGUGAGGACUGAAUGAGAACAUGCAGGGACUUACAAUUGCAACAUUGGUGGAACUGUAUGCUAUGCAAAAAUCCAUUAAGGGAAAUAAAAUAUCUAUGGGCAUAUAUAAAUAAAUAAAUAUGAAGGAUAACAUUCAUUUGUUGUAUACCGUAUUUCUGGAAAAGACAAUAUACAAUGACAGGAGACAACCUACUGGACAGAAAUGAGAUUGUCCCACAGUACUAAACAAUUCCUCUUUGUUGCACCUUUUACCUGACAAUGGCUCUGAGCUUCCCUAUACAUAAAGAACAUUUUCUUUUUAGACCAAUAACUGAACUGUUACCUUCCACUUGCCUUUGUUUUUGCUGUCACAUGGAUCCCACAGAGUAAUAUAAAUGGGUCAAAAAUGAUUCAGUUGACUUCAUGUGCAACACCAAUACACUACUGGGAAAAACAAGACAUUACUAUCGCCUUUGAAAUGAAAAAUCCAUGAGUGCCUUCUACAGCUUGAAAUGUAUACUUGUCUUUGGUCCUUAAUACAUGAUGCAAUAGGUCAAAACAUAUUAAAAAAAUGUAACUAUC